AUGCAAGACCUCGCCCUGGCAAGUCUCAUUGACGGGGUGCCUCGCAAACAAGCCAAGCCCAUGCUUCUCAAAACAAGAUUUAUCGGCUGCAAGCUUUGCAGGGUGGGUCGCGGCAAGGCUCUCAACGACGUGACGCAGAUUAAGAUAGAUGUCAUCCGGUCCUCUCUGGUUCAGGUAGUUUUGGAAAUCAUGAUGAAUCAGAAGAAUGAAGGCCACGGCGCCGAUACAAACCUCGGAGUACAGCGGCUGCGCAAAGUGAACGGUGAGGAUAGAGACAAGAGCUACGCUCAGGAUGAUGGGGCCAUCUAG